AUGGCGAACAUGUUUUAUCUGCCCAUCUGGCUAUCUGCGGCCGUGAUUUCUGCGUCAGUAUACCUCGCGUUUCUGACUGUACAAUACUUCCUGUCUACUCUGCGACCGAAAGACUUUCCUCCAGGUCCACCAACGGUGCUUGGACUGGGAAAUCUGCAUCAAAUCCCGCUCAAGAAGCCCUAUAUAAAGUUCCAGGAGUGGUCAAGGGUCUACGGGGAAAUAAUCAGCCUCAAAGCCGGCACAGCGAAUCUCAUUGUCCUUCAAAGCCCGGAAGUCCUCCACGAGCUCCUCAGCAAGCGAGCGGCCUACUACUCCGGCCGUCCGUACAGCUACAUCUCGGUCGAACGCGUCUUUGGCGAGCAUCGGGACAAGCAUAUACUCAAUGUCCAGAACGAUUCCUACCUGCGACGCUGGCGCACGGCUGCCGCGUAUCUCGUGGGCAAGAACAGUUCGCAGGACAUGAUGCCCAUGCAGGAAGCCACCUCGACAACGCUGGCGAGGAAUCUACUGAAGAGCACACCGUCGGAGACUCUGAGAGAGUUGGAGAAAUGGGCACUGGCCACUCCGCUACUGGCUGUCUGUGGACAACGCCUGGAGAAACGGGACCCAGACUUUGCCGAUCGGUUUUUCAGCAUCCAGAAGGUCUGGCUCGAGCUUCUGGAGCCAGGUAAGGCACCUCCCGUCGAUGCAUUCCCUUUUCUCCGCUGGGUGCCAGAGAGAUUCGCUUUGUGGAAGAGCAACGCGCGAAUGGUACGUAAGUUCAUGCUUGAGUCGUACUUCAGCUAUCUGGAAACCGCACUCGAGUCCGGACAUGACGCCAAGGAGAAGGGUGGCGGGUCCCAACGCCGAUUCCAGUCCGUUCUAUCCAGGAUAAUGGAGGACGAAGAAGCGGAGAGAGAGAAACCAAAUGCAAAGGCCACAUUUUCCCAUGAUGAGCUUGCAUAUGUUGGUGGUGGCCUCAUUGAUGCAGCAGUCGACACGACAUGGGCGACGCUGUCCAGCUUUGUGCUGUACAUGGUUGCCUGUCCCGAUGCUCAGGCCAAAGCACAUGGUGAGAUCAGCCGUGUGAGUCCCGACCAACCACCAGGAGGUGAUGUGAUUGAGGGCAUCCCGUAUAUCCGGGCAUGCCUUCUCGAGAUUCUCCGACUUUGCCCAGCAGCUCCCAAUGGGAUACCGCGUGUCGUCAGCCGCGAGGACAACUACAAGGGCUUCCGCAUCCCCAAGGGAGCCACCGUCGUCGCCAACUUCUGGGGUAUGCAGCGCAACCCGGACGACUACGAUCGACCCAACGAGUUCCUUCCCGAGAGGUAUCUCAAUCAUCCGCUCGGCCUCAAAGCCAGAGCCCAGGAAACUGCGGCCAAGCGUGCAACGUAUACGUUUGGCGCCGGGCGCAGGAUCUGCCCGGGGGAUCAAUUUGCGCAAAACUCGGUUCUUGUUGCCAUGUCGAAGCUGCUUUGGGCGUACCAUAUCGUGCCGGCAGAGAAGGAGCCCCUUGACCUUGAUGUUGAGACGGCCUUCCACCCAGGCCUCAUCCUGGGCCCCGAGCCGUUCAAGGUUGACUUUGUGUUGCGGGAUGCGGCAAGGGAGGAGGCUGUCCUUCGAGAUUAUGAUGAGGCUCAGGCCGUCCUUGGCGGGUUUGGCCUUUAA